CACACCGGCUGGUGGGUAGCAGUGGUGCCAGCCUUUCGCGAGCGCGCGCGCGCGCUUGUGCGUCUGGCUGACAGACCUGAAGCAGCAGUGGGACUUCUCCGAAGAGGCGGUACACUGACUCGCCUGAGGCUCCUUUCUCUCUCGCUCUCUCUCUCUCUCUCCAGCAAGGGCUCAUCUGCAAACUUGCAGCGGGGGCUGGCAGCUGAAAGCCAGUCAGCACGCAGUUCGGGGCUCUCCUUGCCCCAAGGCUCCCCAGAGUGGGAGGGUGCCUGGAUAGAGCAGGGGCUAGGGCGGGUGGGGCAUUGUGAGGGGCCAGGGGCCGAAGCUCCUCCUCCUGUUCUUGGUACCCGAGCUUGCUCUUGAAGAAGAUGAAGCCCCUGGGUGUGGGUCGAAGCACUGAUUUCCAGCAACCAGAGGGGAAGGUUCAAGACCCAAGAUCAGCUAGUAAGUGCUUAAGAGCCCGAGGCAGGCUGAGUCCCUGAGGCGCAUUUCUGGUUUGAGAGACGCUGGAUAGCUCUUUCCUUCUUUGGCUAGGGGCAGGACUAACGGUCUUGGGGGUCCAAGGGGAGAGUAGAGAGACAGUCCCUUUUGAGCUCUGGAACAGUCUUCGCGUAGCCGCCGCCCCUCAGUGCCGGGAACAGGCACCUCAUCUUCAUCGUUCUCCUCCUCUUCCUCCUCUUUCUCCUCCGCAGAAGCGGUGGGCUAGGGGACCCAGGUUAGCUUCUCCACUUCCCUUUAGUCCCGCGGGAGCCAGCAGCAGCGAGUCACCAGAGCGCCCGAGUGCAGCCAGCCAGCCAGCCGCCUUUGCGGGGGGUCCCGCCUGCCUGGCCACAGGGGGAUGGAGGUGCGGCGGGCUCCGAGCUGCAGCCCGGAGUCCAAACUUCAGCGCGGGCUUUCAGUGGAGCAGCUGCCGCCGCCCCCCCUACCGCCGCUGCUUCGCCUUCUGGCCUGAGAGCAGGACCAUGGAUGAAAGAUUCAACAAGUGGCUGCUCACGCCGGUGCUCACGCUCCUAUUCCUGAUCAUCAUGUACCAGUACGUGUCCCCCACCUGCACCAACUCCUGUACCAACUUCGGGGACAAGUUCCGCUCUGGGGAGUCCGGACAGGUUGCAGCUGCCCCAGCAGGUCCCCGAGAGGACCAGCAGCAGCCACCACCCCCGGACCAGCAAGCCGAGAUUUCCGGGGCACCAGCGGCACAGCUCUCCGGGCCAGUUCAGGAGGCGGAGGAGGAAUUCGAAGAGUUGGAAGAGGAGGAAGAAGAGCAAGAUCGAGAGUCCCCGGACAAUGGCUCUCUCCCCAAAUUUGUGCCCCGCUUCAACUUCUCGGUGAAGGACCUGACCCGUUUCGUGGAUUUCAACAUCAAAGGCCGGGACGUGAUCGUCUUCUUGCACAUCCAGAAGACUGGGGGCACGACCUUCGGGCGGCAUCUGGUGAAGAAUAUCCGGCUGGAGCAGCCCUGUAGCUGCAAGCCUGGCCAGAAAAAAUGCACCUGCCACCGACCCGGCAAAAAAGAGACGUGGCUUUUCUCGCGCUUCUCCACAGGCUGGAGCUGUGGGCUGCACGCAGACUGGACAGAGCUCACCAACUGUGUGCCGGCCAUCAUGGAGAAGAAGGACUGCCCUCGAAACCACAGCCGCACCAGGAAUUUCUACUAUAUCACAAUGCUGAGGGAUCCAGUGUCCCGUUACCUGAGUGAAUGGAAACACGUCCAGAGAGGGGCCACUUGGAAGACAUCUCUUCACAUGUGUGAUGGGAGAAGCCCGACUCCAGAUGAGCUGCCUACCUGCUACCCAGGGGAUGAUUGGUCUGGUGUCAGCCUGAGGGAGUUUAUGGAUUGUGGCUAUAAUCUAGCCAACAAUCGCCAGGUUCGUAUGCUGGCAGACCUUAGCUUGGUGGGAUGCUACAACUUGACUUUUAUGAAUGAGAGUGAGCGGAAUACGAUCCUGUUGCAGAGUGCCAAGAAUAACCUGAAGAACAUGGCCUUCUUUGGGCUUACAGAAUUUCAGCGGAAAACUCAGUUCCUUUUUGAGAGGACAUUCAAUCUCAAGUUCAUCUCCCCCUUCACACAGUUCAACAUCACAAGGGCCUCUAAUGUGGACAUCAAUGAAGGGGCCCGCCAGCACAUCGAGGAGCUGAAUUUCCUGGACAUGCAACUUUAUGAGUAUGCAAAAGACCUUUUCCUACAACGCUACCAUUACACCAAACAGCAGGAACACCAGAGGGACAGGCAGAAGAGGCGGGAGGAGCGGAAGCUGCUAAAGGAGCAUCGGGCUCAUCAGUGGCAGAAGGAGGAUGAGACGACUGUCACAGAGGACUAUAACAGUCAAGUAGUCCGAUGGUGACAUAUUCUGUUUCUCCUCCCAUGGAGGUAGGAGGACCAUGGACAAUGUUGGUGUUUUGCUGAAUCAUCUAAGGGAGUGAUCAAAAUGAGCCAUGAUUUCUGAGUGUAUGAGACCUGAUUUGAACAUCUGCCCUUCCUCUAUCUUUUUCCUCCCUUAAAUUUUAACCAGCUGAAGGAGUAGUUCCUCUUGUUUUUUUCUUGACAUUUUUCAAUGAUAUUAAAUAUGGUAGAAUGACAUCCCAAACAAACAACUCUAAAAGACUUACACCAAGAUGGGGAACCAAGAAGUCUGUUUUUAAUCUUCUUCUUUUCAUCUGCACAAUAGAAGAAUGAUAUAAGAAGUCAAAGCCAGCAGUGACAUAAAUGUAAUAUCCAAGCUGGGGCUUGGGAGUUCUGUAGAAAUCGGUCUGUUUUAACAAUAUCUUUGUAACAGUAUUGUAGGACUAUUUAUAGGGAUCAAAAAAGGAAGAGAGAGAGGAAAAAAGAAAAACAAUUGUAGAUUCUGAAUCAAAAAAAGAAGAGAAUGUCAUCUACUGCUGUGUUGAAUCCAUGCUAGAGGAUGAAAUAUGUGGGCCCUUCUUCACCUUUUGACUAUGAAUGGCCCAACUCUGGAUGUGUCUUAGAACACAAACAAAAGGCAACCACUGCUGCCCUAGUCUUACUGUGAACAUCAUCCUAGGCAGAGGCCAAAAAACUUCCCCAUCAUCCUUUUCUAAAAAUAAGGUCCUGUUAAGUGACUGAGUAUAGCCAUUUAAAAAAAGAUCAUAAUUAGUGAUCUCUCACCUAUAAGUGGAUGCCAUUUUUUUUCCUAAAAAUUGAAAAUGGAACUGGAAAUAAGAUAUAAGGAAAGUGGUGUCCAUCAAAUGAAGCAUAUUUAUUAAAUGAAUAUGUGUAUUUUUCCAAGGAAAAUGGAAGCAUCUAUCUUUCUUGUUAUAACACUGCCCAUAGGACUUAAAUUCUGCUAUGAUAAUGGAACUGUAAAGUUUUAGCGUGAAAUUUGAUAAGGCAGCUAGCAUGUGUACAAGGUUAUUGUCCUCAAGUUGUUCUAUGAAUAACAUUAUACACUGGCUACCAUGAAUGAGUGUUUGAUAUGGGAUAAUAAUUCCAGAUUUUCAGUGAGACAGGACUUAAUGAUGUCUCAAUAUCUUCACUCUAAUACAUUUUUCUUCAUUCUUAAACCUUUGAUUGUUGUAGGAAUAAAUCUGUGAUAAUACUUAAUACAUGAAACCAUGAUAUAUCAAAUUGGAAGCUGAUGCUCCUCAGAUAUUUCCCAUUCUUCUUGACCUUGUACAAAUGACAUGAACAAAAUAAACAGGAAAAUAAAUGAAAACCUAUGAAAUUGUGGGAGAAGGAAUGUCUGUAAUGUAUUCUGUCAUGUCAUCAAUUACAUAGAAGGAUGUGGAUGCCUUGAAAGAUGAAGCUGGAAAGUUCCUACCAGAAGCAUGACAUGAACACAAGUAGGAUCUGCAAAGUGAAUUGGAAAAAAUAUUUAUUUUUGGUGAUCCAAGUUAAAAGUUUGGAAGGCAACUGACUUUCUUGAACUAUCCAUCUCACCCUCAACAUAAGUCCCUUGGGUUGGAGAGUCCAUAAAUCAUUCAAUUAAUGAAACUUCAUUGAGUGACUAGUGAAAGCAAGGGUAUGUGUCAUGUACUGAAGGAAGAGAGGAAUUCUUUAGACAAAUAUUUGAUGGUGAUGAAAGGGUAGAUGAGUUCUUUCUUCCAUGAUCCUCAAUUGAGUCAGUAAUCCCAUUAUCCAUAAACAAAAGCUAGAGUUAGAUCUAGAUGAGUGGGUGAUGGAGUCAAACACUGACAGCAGCAUCCCUUCAGUAUCUGGGAUGAGCCAGCUGAUGUUACUCAGAUGGGUUUGUUUGUUAUCCAUGAGGAUGGUGUAAGGUUAAUAGUUUCAAUUUCACUGUGGCCUAAAGCCUAAAGCAUGUGGGAAGUCACUCCCUCUCCACCCCACACAUGUAUAUCCCUCCACCCCAUCAAAAAUGUCAUUAUCAUGAAUGAGUUGGCAACUCUACUUUUGGAGCCAUGAAAAGAAAAUAUAAAGGGGCCACAUAAAUAUGUCUCAUUAGAUGAUAGAGAUUAAUUUGACAAUAGAUUUGUCUGACAAGACAUCAGUGUUUUCCAUCCUGAUGAUUUGUCUGUAAGGUGGGGAGGGGAAAUAAGGAGAAGGGAGAAAAAAGAGAGUUACAGCUGGAAUUAAUGAGCAGAUUUUUACAGCUUUAUUUUUUUUGCUGUGAAUAUGGUAUGGUUCUGCUGAGACUGGCAGUGCUGCAAAUUUUCCCUUCUGCCUGCUGCUGGGGGAACAUACACAAGUAGGCAUGCACAUGGGCAGGUGAACACACCGUGUGUGACACACACACACACACUUUGCAGUAAUGAUCCAGCUUUAUGUCAUGUGGAAUUCAAAAUAAGUUAGGGAGCCUUUGAAUUUUUUUUGUUGUUAAUCUCACUUUUAAAAUAUUGGCAAGGAAUUAAUGCAUCUCUAAGCUGUCAACUACUAACAUCAUGCUGUUCCUGAGGCAGAGGGAAUUUAUAUCCCAAGGCUUUCCCCAGCAUCAUUGCUGCUUGCUUGAUAUGUGGAGCUCCACUGGAGAUGGGAUAUCAGGCUAUUCAGAAGGGCAGCCAUCUAUUUGGCUUGGCCCAAGGCCAAGAUUUAGCAUAUUUAACAGGCAGCCCUAGUCUUGAUCUGUUAUAUUCUUUUAAUAGAAAGCAGCCUCUGCAAUGGUCUCAAAUCUGCAAGGUACUAAGAGGAUAAUAUGGUAAUGUAAGCGGAAAGGUGAAGAGGUACUAUCUUCACUGCAAACCAAAUUCAUACCUGCUAGCUGAGUGGAAGAUUAUUAUCUAACUAUUACCCGGGCCUGGGCAGUCUUACAAGUUAAGUCAGCAACUUUAAGAUGAAAACACAAAUCAAUUCUAGUUAUUGCAGUAUCCAAAGCUCCAGAACAGCAAGAAAAAAAAAGCAAACAAACAAAAAACCCUAGGGAGUUCCAUAUUGGAUGAAAUCCAAUCAAACUCAGCUCUACAUCCACUAGCCUUUCACUUUCUCUCUGCAGUGGUUCUCUCCAUAGCCUGACCAUACUGUGGGUUUACAAAUGGUUUUAUUAAGGACAAUAAAUAUUUAUGAAGUGCCUCCUACAUGCAAGGCACUAAGAUAUAUGAGUCCCACUCUGCUUUCUUUAGACAAAUGUUUGGCUAACCAAAGAGAUCCAAUGUGUUCCCUUUUCUUGAUGAGUAUAUAAAACUGGGGUAUACUUGUUAAUCUUUGAUAAAGUCAGUGAUAUCCCCAGAUAAUAGUAUAAUGCACACUAUCCAUAAGAAAUUCAGAAGCCAGAGUCCUUGCCCUUAAAUGUAAUCUUGUACAGUUUUAUCUGCUUUCACUAAAGUACUGAGAUUUGGAGACUCAACUGAUAGGAUUAAAGUAAACUUCUUUCAAAUGUCUGAAAAGAAGAAGUAUUGUCUUUGGGGAUUGAUUCUACUAGGUAGGCUAUUAAAAGUAACUGUUAGUACAGGGUUUUAAGAAAUAGAUCUUAGGUGUGGGGGAAUAAUCUGAUUUUGAGGGGGAUGCCAUUUGUUUCAUGACAUACCUGUAUUUCAUCUGCUUUAACUAAAAUAUUGCAAUUUGGAGAUUUAAUUGAUGUUACUAAAGUAAAUAUCUUUCAAAGGACUAAAAUAAGGAAAUAUUGUCUUUGGGGAUUGAUUCUAAUAGGUAGAUUAUUAAAGGUAACUAUUGGUACAGGUUUUUAAGAAAUACAUCUAAGGUAUAGGGGAAUAAUGUGCUAUAAAUCAGGAGUUUUGAGGGGUUGCCAUUUAUUUCAUGAUAUACCCAUAUCUUAUAAGAUAAAAGUGAGAUCAAGAAUAAUGUCUAAAUUUUGUUUAGAACUUUCUAUUUUGCAAUAUUUGAUCAAUUGCAAUAUUGAGCGAUCAAAAAUUGAUCAAUAAACAUUUCAAGUAUCUCCAAAGUGGCAGGCACCAUGCCAGGUGCUAGGUAAACAAAGAUAAAAAUUAAAUAGUCCCUCAAAUUAAAUAGUCCCUUAAAUAGAUUAAAUAUAAUCUUCCACUUAAGAAGAUUACAUUCUAUCAGGGGAGAAUGUGUGUGUGUGUGUCUGUACGCAGACAGACACACACACACACACACACAUAUGUAUAAAGAGAGAGAGAGAGACAGAGAGAAAACGUGCAAAAUAAAUAUAAAAUUAAUACAGCUUGACUUAUGGAGAGAGGACUCUUAACAAUUAAAGGUUGAGGAAAAACUGUAUGUAAAAGUUUGUUCAUGAGCUGAAUCUUGAAGGGAUUUCUAGGAGGAAGAGAUACAUUUCUAGGAGAAAGAAUACAUUGUAGAAAUGAGAAAUGACCACUGUGUAAAUAUAGACAUAGGAGAUCCCUCCAGUACGUUUCUUUGGUUUUUGUUUUAGAAAAUAGAGCCACUAUUAUUUUCCCCAAUCAACAGCUAAAGAAACAGAGGCUCAGAGAAGCUAAGUGAGGUCACAUCUCUAAAUGUGUGUGGAAGCUAGAAUAGAUCACUUGAUCAUAUGGACUCCAAUGGGUAUUUUUUGUUUGUUUGUUUUCUAUUCAUCAUGCUGUGAUGAUGGAUAAUUCCUAGAGUUAGAAGAAAGAAGAAAAUGGAAAACCUCAAUUUUGACAUUCUCUACAAUAAUCUUCUCAUGGAACUAACUACCAGUACAUUGUAGGUUAGCCCUACAAUGAAAUUCAACUUGCCGUGGCUUCCUGAUGGGUGUGAUAAAAAUCAGUGAAUACUAAAUAGUAUUUGAUAUAAAGUAAGAGAGGAGAGGGGAAAAAAAGCUAUGUGAUCUUUAUUCUAAUAUAAUUGCAAUUUCCAGAAUAAAGAAUAAAUAAGCAGAAUAAAUGUUUAUUGAAUCAUUUUUUUUAAAAGUAGAUAUAAUCUCUGUUUAUUUGUUUAAUAACUGGCCUAAGAGUAAAUAGAAGACAACCACCUAUUAGGGAUGUGGAUUAGCCCUGACCCCUCAAAAACUUCAACCCUUAACUCUGUGGUAAUGCUUGAAAUUUUAGAUUUCUUUGGAUCUUAAAUGAUUUUUGUCUCCAAAAAUUCCAGAUUAAAAAAUAGAUGCUCUUUUUGGGAGGGGGAUUUGGGCUUAGUAAUCAGAAAUAAUACCAUAAAGAAAGUAGUUCUCAAUUACCACCUCAAUAUCAAAAGGUUACUAAUGCCUUUCCACUUUUCACAGCCAAUUGAGAACAAUGACUCAUAGAAAUAGGACAAAAGAAAGAUGCCUGAUUUUAAGGCAAAAUUCUAGGAUUAGAGACUUAGAUACUCAAAGGUGAGACAAGAAGGUUCCAAAAUAAACUUUUUCUACCACCCAGUUUUGCCAGGGCUGGCCCUUUGGCAGAUUAUAAUUUUCUGGGCACUGGCAGCAAAAGUAGAAAAUAAAAGAUUAUGAGGAAAUAGACAGGAACACUGGGGCAAAUACAACAAAAAUUAAAAUAGUCCACUAUAAAAUCCAUUAUUGGAUUUUUUUGGAUUAUUUUAUGGAAUGAAGAUAAGAUGGGAAGGAUCAGAACUAACCAGAGCAGUGGGCAAGGAAUCAUCACACUUCAGUCAUCUGUACUUCUAUCUUCUGAUAAUCAUAUUUUCACUGACAGACAAAUUGUACCCCUCUAAUAUCCUCCAAGAUAUCCAAACUUCCUGCCUACUUAUUUGCCUACAGCUUUGUAGACAAUAGCUCCAUACAUAUAUUAGAGUUACCUGGGGACUCAUCCAUACUCCUUUCCCCAAUACUUCCUGACUUCCCUUCCUAUUCUUCUUAGGCCUUUUAUUUAUCUAUUCUUUCCCAAUUCAGUUAGUACUUAUCAUCAAAUAUUCUGCCUCUCUCUAGCAUAUCUGGUCACUUCAAAUUUAACAUUGAAAUUGUUUAGUAAACUUGCCCUUGGAAGUGUCCCAGAUAUGAGACCUAGGCAGAUUUACUGCUUCAUUAAUGUCUUCAAAUCCUAUUGACAAAAGGUAAAUUGAUAGACUCAACCCAUUGGGAAGAGGAGCUGCAUUUGUCAGAGAAAUGCAUGGCUUUAUAAAUAGGAAAUGUCUGUGAGACUUUACUGCCCUUAAUACCUAGAACAUUGCCUGGAGCCUCUGAUUAGUCUAGAUUCUAAGAUCCCAAAGCACAAGUGGCUGAUGAGCUCAUGUUCUAAGCUAUUUGAAGAAAAGAUAAGAAUUUUAAACUUGGUGGCCCACCAGAUCACUAUGCUAGCAUUCUUGUUCUGCUUCUGGGCAGUGACAAAUCCAAGCACAAGUGUCAGUAGUGGAAAGGUUGAAUCUUCUUUGGUGACAGCAGUGACAUGUUCUGAUGAAAUAAAUCUCUUGAAUGUUUCGAUUGUUAUCAGGUUUUUCUACCAUCAUUUCCCUUAAUACAUUCCCCCAGUGAUUGCAACAAUAUUUUCUAUAUUUUACUUGUAUUCCUUUUCAUUACAAAAAAAAAAAUCAAUUAUACAUUAGAAGGAAAACCUGAAUUUUCCAUCUGGUGCCACAUUUUAGGUGAAAAGGUAGUUAUUCAGUAGAUGGUAAUUAUUUUGUCCUGAGGGACUUUCCCUUUGUUUCUGUGCAAUAAUGUGUAUGAACUUGGCUACUCCAAGACUGUAUUGUGCAUUAUCAACUUUUCUUGCUAUUUAAAAAUGGAUAGUUUGUAGAACUGAGGAUUUUCAUUGAUGUAAAGCACAAUUUAAUGAAUAAGUUAACAUAUUAAACCAUUGUGAUGUCAAGAA